GCGUCGACGGACGUUCGAGCACUCCACCCGCAGAAAGUUGAUAGCUUCAAUAGCCGGAAGUGGUUCUUGAGUGAAAUGAAUAAAGCGGUGUGCCUAGUAAUCGCGAUCCAAGCGCUGUGGAUGGUGCAGGCCGAGACCCCACCCUAUAUCAAACAAUGUCAUAGGAACGACCCGAAAUUGGUGGACUGUUUUAUCGGAGCCAUUGAACACCUAAAGCCAUAUUUGGCCAAUGGCAUUCCUGAUAUUCAGCUGCCUUCUGUGGAGCCCUUUAAGAUGGACACCCUUGCCCUGCAGCUAACAGAGGGUCCCCAGGGGUAUAAGAUCACGCUGAAGAACAUGGAGGCCUUCGGGGCGAGCAACUUCAAGGUGACAUCCCUGAAACUGAGCGAAGGAAGCGAGCCCUUCAAGGCGAAGAUCGUGAUGCCCAAGCUAAAGAUUGAGGCUAAAUACACGAGCUCCGGGGUCCUCCUGAUCCUGCCAGCCUCCGGAGGUGGAGACUUCCAUGCUAACUUCGAGGGUGUGAGCGCCGACCUCACAGGAAAGACGUCCAUUCACGCUUCCAAGGGCGCCAACUACCUCCACAUCGAUGCUCUCAGCUUGGUUCUGGAUGUGAAGGAUGUGAAAAUGAGCAUCUCAGGUGCCUUCAACAACAACCGAAUUCUGCUGGAGGCCACCAAUCUGUUUCUGCGGGAAAACUCUCAAGUCGUUUUGGAGGCUAUGCAGGCCCAAUUACAGAAAAAAUUGGCUAGCGAGUUCGGCAAACUCGCCAACCAGCUCCUGAAGAACGUUCCUGUAGAGCAAUUCUACGUGGACUAGGCCUUAGCCCCUUAGAUCGUAGUUCGUUAGUCUUAGGAUAUAUGUAUUUAACUGUAAAUUACACUCCAAUGCUAUGAGCCAAGUAUUAAAUUGUACAUGUAUAUGGUGUAAAAUCUGCGCAUUUGUCUGGGAGAAUAAGACCCUGGAUUCCGAUGAUAAUAAGACUCGUAAUUAUGCAAGGUCGCAAGGAUGCCCAACACACAAAAGUAAAUAGGACCAAAGCAAUGUUAAUGGAAUAUUUCUUUGUAUGAAUUCUUAUUAUUUGUAUGUCAUAGAGUGGUCCCUGUGAACCAAUAAAAAAUUCUUUAAUAGAUAUGGAAAUUUGCAAUGGAGAAUGCUUUUAGAGCAGAUCAAAUGCAGAUACCAAAUUUACUUCUCCUGCUGAAUACUCUUCCAUUUUCAUCAACUUUACAACGCCGUAACAUAAGAAAUCUUUGCAUAUGCAAAAAUCUACUAUUAACUCUGCCGGAAAAUUGAAUAUUUGCUUAAGAAAAUUGGUUAUAAUGUGCUAUUUAAUGAACAGAAGUUCAAUUUUGUUAAUAUGUUGUUCAGAUGCGGAUUAGAUUGUCCAUGUACUAAUUGUAUCAGUAUAAUCUGUAUAGUUAGUUAAUAGCCAUAUUUUAGCUUGAGUUAAUAGUAUAUAUAUAAAGAAAAACCGGAAAAAAGGUCUUAGUUUUCUAUUUUUUGAUAUUGCGAAUAUGCCAUUUGUUAGCUAAUACCAAG